GGAGAGAAGUAUGUGAAAAAUGUCUUCUCUUUAGCAAACACGAUUGCUCCAAGUGUCAUUUUUGUUGAUGAGGUUGAUAGGAUGUUGGGAAGACGUGAGGAUCCAGGGGAACAUGAAGCUAUGCAUAAAAUGAAGAACGAGUUUAUGGUUAACUGGGACGUUAUUAGACGGCUUCCCCGGAGAUUUAUGGUGAAUCUUCCUGAUGCAAUGAACAGAUCAAAGAUCUUGAGUGUUAUUCUUUCUAAAGAACAAAUAGCACCUGAUGUUGAUUUAGAAGCGAUUGCUAAUAUGAGAGAUGGUUACUCAGGAAGUGACUUAAAG